AAUAACAUUUAACCUGCGCUACAGAAGUGGGAUUGCAUUUCACUAUAAUCCUCGUUUUGAUGAGAAACUGGUUGUGCGCAACACCAAUCAGAUGGAGCAGUGGGGUACGGAGGAACGGUCCGGUGGCUUGCCCUUUCAAAGAGGACAACCUUUUCAGGUCACCAUCUCCUGCAAUCCCCAUCAUUACAAUGUGUUUGUCAAUGGCCAACAAGCACACACUUACAAACAUCGCUACACAAAGCUGAACGACAUUGAUAUUUUGGAGAUUUGUGGAGAUCUGCAGCUGACUUUAGUGCAGGCUUAACAGGGAUUUGUGAUGUGUAAUUUGUAAGGGAAAGCAUGGCAAAUUGUUAAAAAGUAGAAUUGCUUUCAAAUACAGCAAAAUGGCUGACUAUAAACAUGAACAGCACUGUGAUUUUGCUAUUUCAAAUUAUCAUAAAACCCUUUAUACUAUGUUUAACUUUCUGUACAAUUCUUUAUUAUGCAAUAUGCAUGUUAUGUUGCCUAUCUCUAUAUAACCGUCUUGAAACUCUCAUCAGCCUUGCUGCAUGUUUAAACUAAUAAACUACUAACAAAUAAACAGCAUGUUAUAUCAAAAUA